GUUCGUGCGAAAGACCCUCGUUACUUUCUCUACUAUUCUUCUGCCUCAUUCUUUAAGUCGAUUUUUUCUGUGAAGAAGUUACAUAGAAAACUACCAACAUCAAAGUGAAAUGAAGGAAAGAUAGAGAUCUAUCAAAAUCAUUGAUUCAACCAAUUUGUUAAUUCAAUUGGUUCAUCAAAUUGAGAAAUACCCACUUGCUUAAACGAUCAAAGCUUUCUGCUUUCAUUGGUUUGAUCCUUUAUUCAUAGAUAUACUGAGUUGGGUUCUAUCACUCUUGCAGUUUGCUACUCUCUUCUAGUUUUUUGGGAAGUAAAGGAGGAACUUCAUUGUGAUUAAGACUAGAGAGGCGGACCCAGGAUUUUAAUUACGGAGGGAUACGCUAGUUUCCCUACUUGUAGAGGUUGACUAUUGAGUACAUUUAUGUCUUUACAACUAGUAUGAUACUCCUACAGUUUUGGAUUGGAGUCUGGAUGAUACUCGUCCAGUCGUAUCGUGGUGUUUACGUAAAGUGUGUGAAAGGCUUGCUUGUGAACAGUAAAUGAUGUGGAUUGUGUAACAAAAGCUGAGGUCUAAGCUUUGAGUUGUUUGAAAGUUUUAAUAAGAAAUGGCUCCAGUGACCAAGGCAGAGAAGAAAGCAGCUUUCGAUGCAGCCGCUUGGAUGUUCAAUGUUGUCACAUCAGUAGGAAUUAUAAUGGUCAAUAAAGCUCUCAUGGCUACACAUGGCUUUAGUUUUGCUACUACAUUGACGGGUUUACAUUUCACAUUCACAACUGUAAUGACACUUGUUCUUAAAUGGCUUGGGUUUAUACAACCCUCCCAUCUGCCAUUGCCGGACCUGCUGAGAUUUGUUGUAUUUGCUAACUUUUCCAUUGUUGGCAUGAAUGUUAGUCUUAUGUGGAACUCAGUGGGAUUCUAUCAGAUUGCAAAGUUGAGUAUGAUCCCUGUAUCCUGUCUGUUGGAGAUUGUGCUCGAUAAAGUUCGAUACUCCAGAGACACAAAGCUCAGCAUAGGGCUUGUUCUUGUAGGUGUCGGUGUAUGCACAGUUACCGAUGUUAGUGUAAAUACUAAAGGUUUUAUCGCUGCUUUUAUUGCCGUGUGGAGCACUUCUUUGCAGCAAUAUUAUGUACAUCAUCUCCAAAAAAAGUAUUCACUCAGUUCCUUCAAUCUCCUUGGUCAUACUGCACCUGUACAAGCUGGAUCUCUGCUUAUAUUGGGCCCUUUUAUUGAUUAUUGGUUAACCAGCAAGCGGAUUGAUGUGUACAACUAUACUUUACCAGCUAUGAUCUUUAUAACCCUAUCAUGUACGAUUGCUAUCGGGACAAACCUGAGCCAGUUUAUCUGCAUCGGAAGAUUCACAGCCGUAUCAUUUCAAGUACUUGGCCAUAUGAAGACCAUCCUAGUUUUAAUUCUCGGCUUCAUUUUCUUCGGGAAAGAAGGGCUGAAUUCGCAGGUGGUGCUCGGCAUGAUAAUUGCUGUAGCCGGAAUGAUAUGGUACGGAAACGCCUCCUCAAAACCGGGUGGAAAAGAACGUAGGAGCGCUUCUUUACCUAAGCAGCAAAAGAACGUAACCGAUUCUUCCGAACUUGAUUCAAAGGUCUAACCAUACUUUUCAGUUUUCCCAAUCCCCACACAUAGAGAUGUAGAUUUAAGUAGACUAUGUUAAGUGAUCUAGAUUUGAACUACAUUAUCAGAUUUUACAGAACAGAUUAAUUGAUUAUUGUCUUAAUUUAUAAAUAUUUGUAAUUCUUUUA